AGUACUUAGAGGGGAAAGCUAUUUUGGCUUUGAAGAGCUCAGCUGCAGUGUGUCUUCAGUUUCAUGGGGCUGAAGCAGCGGUUAAAUGAUAUUUGUUACAGGAAAGAUGCAUAAUUUCUUAUAGCAUUUGUUUAUAGCAUUGCUGUUUUCUUCUGCCUUGUUGAAAUCACCUGAACAGUGCAGACUUCAAAGGGAAGACAGGGAGAUCUAAUGAGGCAGAUGUGCGAGUUGAAAGUAUAACGGUUUAAGUGAUAGAUUUCUGCCUAGCUGACUGCUGAACUAUGAAUAUAUGAAGAGGACCGCCAUGUACCUUUCUACAGUGGAAGCCUAAGAUGUUGCUUGGCAUUUCCAGGAUACCCCUGUGCAUUUAGAAGGAGGUGGCAAAUAUGCAGAGAAUGGUAGAGGUGAUUUGGAAAUAAAGGACAACUCUUGCAACAUUGUGGAGAUAUAUGUGACAAGGAGCUGAGCUGCCAAGCUGGGUAUGACUUCUUCAGUAAAAACAACUAAUUGUGGGUACUGACUGGAAAUAAAUCUGGAUCCAAGGGAAGUUUAGCUAUUCAACCAAUUCUGAACAAUGUGCCUUGCUUUCUUCUGUAGACUUCUUGCUUCAAGUAACAGCUACACAAGAGGAUAGGCAGUGAAUGUGUUCUGUGCAUCAAGAUGUUAGUUACAUUUUGUGAAAUAUACUUAGGAGUGCACAGGAUAAUGUAGGUUCAUCAAGGAAGUUUCACUGUGUCACCAGUCAAAACUGAAGUGAGUUAUCUGUAAUUAAAUUUACCAAGUGGUUUUUUUUAACAAGAAGUGAAAUACAAAUACUUACACUUCAUCUCCCACUACAAAUGUAUUGGGUAACUUUUUUAAAAUCCUAAAAUUGCACUGGAGUGCCCUGAACAGUAAAGGUUGCAAGAGAAAGAUCUUGUGGGUUGCUGUUGUAUGCGACAUUAAACAAAAAUUAAUGUGACAAUAGCACAAUGUCACAACGUGGAUAUUCAAGAGAAAGGCAAGAAAAUCCCUAUCGAAUUCUACGCAGAGUCAACCACCUCUUUCACAAUGUUUCCUCAACAGUACAGCGGUCCCUGACAAAAAGGCAUGGGCGAAAUUACCCGCGCCGUGCUUGCUCUGAUGAAAUCAUGCAUCAAGAUAUUGUUCCUCUCUGUGCUGCGGAUAUUGAGGAUGAGCUAAGGAAGAAGUUUGCGUAUCUGUCAGGUGGACGAGGAAAAGAUGGCUGUCCUGUCAUCACUUUUCCAGAAUACUCGACAUUCAAUGAAAUUCCAGAGAAGGAGUUUCAGAGUGUUCUGACAUACCUCACUAAUAUUCCCAGUUCACAAGAUGCUGGAAUUGGAUUUAUACUUGUCAUAGACCGCAGGCAGGACAAAUGGACCUCAGUGCAAGCCUCUAUACUGCGAAUUGCGGCAUCGUUUCCAGGAAAUUUGCAGCUAGUUCUGGUUUUGCGCCCUACAGGAUUUUUGCACCGAACUCUGUUCGACAUUGCAUUCAAAUUUCAUAGAGAUGAGUAUAAGAUGAAGCUGCCGAUCAUAAUGCUGAGCUCACUAGCAGAAUUAAACAGCUACAUUGACAGAACACAGCUAACAGAAGAUCUUGGUGGCACUCUAGAUUACUGCCACAACAGGUGGCUGACACAUCGCACUGCUAUAGAGAACUUUGCUCAAAUGGUUAAGCAGACUGCUCAAACACUUCGCUCCUUUGGGACUGAACUGGCAGAAACAGAGCUACCAAAUGAUAUACAGUCCACCAGUUCCCUUCUUGCAGCACAUACUGAAAGCAAAGGCAAAAUGAAGGAGGAUCUGAGAAUAGCAUUAAUACAAGGCCAUGAUAUUCUCAAAAGUAUUAAAAAACCGGUUCUUGAAAACUCAGAGUACAAGAUGAAUCCAGAUCAGCUGGAAAAUCAAACAACUGUGGAAAGGCUUCUAGCUCAAUUAGAUGAAACAGAGACAGCCUUUGAUGAUUUUUGGUCUAAACAUCAACAGAAGCUUGAACAGUGCUUACAACUUAGACAUUUUGAAAUGGAUUUCAAAGAGGUCAAAGCAGCUCUUGAUAGUGUAUCUGAGAAGUUGUCUCGUUUCACAGAAGUGGGAAAUAGCUGUUCACAUGUGGAGCUCAUUCUGAAAGAUCUUACCAACUUCGAAGAAAAAUCACAUGAAGUUUUGGAAAAGGCCAGAAUGCUGAUUUCUAAAGGUGACCAAUUUAUACAAAACAACCAUUAUGCUAUGGACUCCAUUCUUCCAAAGUGCAAUGAACUCCAACAUCACUGUGACUCUAUUACUGCUGAAAUGAAUAAACUAAGGACUGUCCUGAACCAGUCGUAUGAAUUACAUAGCCAACUCGAGAAGUCCAUGAAGUGGUGUGAUGAAGGAAUUUACCUGCUAGCGUCACAGCCUGUGGACAAAUGCCAGUCCCAGGAUGGAGCAGAAUCAGCUUUACAGGAGAUUGAGAGAUUUUUGGAUACUGGCGGAGACAAUAAGCUCACAGAACUGAAUUACUUGUGCAAAGCAUAUGAAGCCAUCCUUAGUGAGGAAUUAAUGGAGCAUAUACAAAAAGUUUUUCAGAAACAGGAAAGCAUGGAAGAAAUGUUUCAAAAGAGGCGAGUUAGUCUGAAAAAACUGGCAGCUAAGCAGACGCGUCCAGUUCAGCCAGUUGCCCCUAGACCAGAGAUCUCUCUAAAAUCACCUUGUUCUUCUCCAGGCCUUCAAAGAGACUCUGAAGAUUCAUCCAGACCUGACAGUCACAUGGUCCAGAGAAUGAACUUCAGAAGAAUCAAGAAUGAAAUAAGUGAAAUCCAUCAAAACAGAGGUGGAUCUGUGAUGGACGAUGAAGAAAAUCUAGCUGUAUUACGGAAACAUGUAAUGAAUGAACUUCUUGAAACUGAACGAGCUUAUGUGGAAGAACUUCUUUGUGUUCUUGAGGGCUAUGCUGCAGAAAUGGACAACCCCUUUAUGGCACAUCUCAUUUUACCAGGGCUACAAAAUAAGAAAGAUGUUUUGUUUGGAAAUAUGGAAGAAAUCUAUCACUUUCACAACAGAAUAUUCUUGAGAGAACUAGAAAAUUACAUAGAAUAUCCAGAACUGGUAGGAAGAUGUUUCCUUGAAAGGAUGGAAGAUUUUCAGAUUUAUGAAAAAUAUUGUCACAAUAAGCCUCGAUCUGAAAGUCUGUGGAGACAGUUCUCAGACUCUGUAUUCUUCCAGGAGUGUCAAAGAAAACUUGACCACAAGCUGAGUUUGGAUUCCUAUUUACUGAAACCAGUUCAAAGAAUAACUAAAUAUCAACUAUUGCUAAAGGAAAUGUUAAAAUACAGUAAAAACUGUGAAGGUGCUGAAGAUCUCCAAGAGGCACUAACAUCAAUAUUGGGAAUUCUUAAAGCAGUUAAUGAUUCCAUGCACCAGAUUGCAAUCACUGGCUAUGAUGGAAAUCUGAAUGAACUCGGCAAGCUUCUAAUGCAAGGCUCUUUCAGUGUAUGGACUGAUCAUAAAAAGGGGCACUCAAAAGUGAAGGACCUGGCACGGUUCAAGCCAAUGCAAAGGCAUCUCUUCCUCCAUGAAAAGGCAAUAUUAUUCUGUAAAAAGAGAGAAGAAAAUGGAGAAGGCUAUGAAAAAGCACCUUCAUACAGCUAUAAGCAUUCCUUAAAUAUGACUGCAGUUGGAAUAACAGAGAAUGUUAAAGGUGAUGCCAAAAAGUUUGAAAUCUGGUAUAAUGCAAGAGAAGAAGUUUACAUAAUACAGGCUUCAACCCCUGAAGUCAAAGCCACCUGGGUAAAUGAAAUUAGGAAAGUAUUGACCAGUCAAUUACAGGCAUGCAGACAAGCUAGCCAGCAUAGAGUUCUAGAACAUACACACAGUUUACCUCUGCCUGCAUCAUCUAAUAAUACAAGUCCUUCAAGAAAUGAGGGCAGGAACAUCAGAAAACAGGAAGAGAGAAAUGCUGGUGUUGUAAGUCCUGAUGGUUGGGUAACAUCAAUAUCAUCAAAGUAUCCUGAAAAAAGCAAAGCUUCUCCUACCAGCCCUGACAAAAACACUAAACGUCAUGAAGUAAAGAGCGAUCCAACUCCUUUUGGUUUGAGAGGAUGGUCUAAAACAUCUCAGUCUCUUGAUGUUUCUGAAGAAAAUGAUGGCUGGUCUAGUGCAGAGGAUCCGCUUAAUUCCUCAGAUGCAGAAGAUGAAGGAAAAUUGGAGAAGAAGCUGACUCCCGGUAAAUACACUGUUGUGGCUGAUCAUGUCCAAGGAGGCCCUGAAGACUUGAUGCUGAAAAAUGGCGACUUAGUUCAGCUGAUCCAGGAACGAGAAGAUGGGCUUUGGUAUAUAAAGAAUCUGAGCACAAGCAAAGAAGGUUGGGUUCCAGUCAACAGUUUGUUGGUGCUGCUUGGCAAUUCAAAAUCUGCUAUAUCUCUGAGUAGUUCAGAGUCUGCAGCUGGUUCAAGUACACUGAGCUCAUCUUCCAGCUACAGUGAGAGUUGCAAUGUCAGUAGCACCAGCUUCUUGGACAUUAAGGGUGAACAGACUCCCUUAUGAAGCUAUCAAACUUCUAAUGCAAAUGCUGGAUAUUAAAGGAAAUUGAGAGGUGCCAUAACUUGCAUCUCUCUCCACUUUUCCCCCAUGUUUAAAUGAUGGCUUACAAAAUCUUUAUAUAAAAAGACAUGGAAUUUAAAAAAUACAUUUUUAUUUUUUAAAAAGGGCAUUGAAUGAAGAUGUAAAGGAUUGUCAGGUGCAUGGAAUAGAAGUACAUCUUGUUGGAAAAAGAGUCUUCUGGAAGUUGCAUGUUGGAAAUCUAUCACUUUUUUAGAACAAAAUUAACCUUGCCAGGGAUAAUAUGGGAGAAUAUUAUGAGAAACCAGGUUGUGUCUGUUGGUGUAAAUCUGUACAGUAAAAAUAUAAAUAUAUGUUAAUGUAUAAUUUAAUAUGAGGUUAAUUGAUAAUGUAAAAAGAAAUAAAAACAUGCUCUUUAUAGGUCGUUUUACAUGAAAUCCUCCUUGAGGCACAAUGUGUUAUGUGCAGGAAAUCUUUUAUAGAAUCAGGAGUAUCAGUUUUUAACUACCCUGCUUUAUGAAGCCAUAGGCUUUUUCAUAGUUUGUGCUAUAAAGAAAUAACAGUUCCACUUCAACAGAGACAAUUCUUUCUUUCUUUACAAUAUAUGACAAUGGCCAUUUUGAGGUGUUUUUACAAUUGAAUACUAAUUGUUUACAAAAAGCUGGCAAUUUGAUAUGUUGUUUGAUGAAACAGAGCCUAUUUUUUAAUUAUCAAGUAAGAGUAUUGAAACAUGUUUUAUAUUAGUUGAGCUGCUAUUCAGUGUUUUGUAGUAGCAGGCAAUUAUCUUUAGCUCUUACUGUUAAAAGAUGCCCACAUGCUUCUAAAUGAAAUGUUUCUAAUUCUCUCUAUAGACUGAAAUUCUUCCUGGUGCUUAAUUUUUUGUUAAAUUAAACAUCUUCAUUUGAAGAGGGGAAAAUUGUUAAGGAUAUUGUUUUAAAACAAAGGAAAAUCACAAGCAUUUAUUUUCCCCAUGUGAAAUAGUGUGAUGCUGUAUAAAUUGCUGUUCCCCUUUCCAGAUAUGAUUUAUAAAUCUGCCAUACCAAAUGCAAGCCGCAUGUAAACAUAUGUAUGAACCAUAUUGGAUUCACCCAUACUUCUGAAUUAACUUAGAACGCAUACAAUAUGUACCUCAUUCAUGUGGAAGUGAAUAUUUGGUGUUCAGCACUUAAUAGAACACUAGGCAAUUAGAAUCUAGCAAGAUCAAAUUAAUUUGGAUUUUUCUUUUUCUGAAGUAAUAAAUAGUUUCUCAGUCAUACUGUUUCAAAUGUCAGAAACAGGUUCUGGCUUGUAGUUACAAUCGAACUGUGACUGGCUCUGGUUAGUGCAAAUUUUUAUACCUAUCUGUAUAUGUUUACAUAUAUAUAUAUCUGUGUGGUAGGUGUAUUAAUGUAAAAUAUGUAUUUAUACUCUUCAGGCUGCUAAAGAUGGCCUCUGUAUAUACUUAUAUUUCCUCAAAGGGCAGCAAUGUGAAGGCUAUACAAAGCUUUACUUUAUACAAUUUCCAGCACAGAAAAGUGCAACUCUUCAGACCAUUUUACACAACCAAGAUUGUGCCAGCCAAGGCACUUGUCUAUUCUGUUGUGAUCAUAAAAUAGCAAUAGUUUUUGUAAUUUAUUUUGUAAAUAUGAAUUGGGGGGGAUACGCUAUAACUCCACAAUGGUCCUAGAGGAAGGAUACAGUUCUGGUGCAAGCACAGGGCUUCAUCGUAAGUAGCACAUGUGCGCAACUCUGCCAGUGGUGCCAUCUUGGGGUACUACCAAACAAUGACUGACUUAUUUUGCUUUGAGUUAAUAGAGUGGUUUAUUGCUUCUCUGGAUCAAGUGAAAGGAGCUAUUAUGUGGAGAGAAAGCUAUGGGGAAGGCCCUCAUAUUAAAUUCUGUCUCUUUUCACCUUGUCCCUGAUGCUGCCUUUUCUUUAUUCACCUGGUUGUACAUAUAUCAUUGCACUUUUAUGUAGCCCACAUUUCAAUUUUCUACUGCUGUUGUAAAUUACUAUUGCAGGAUCCAAUGUCUUUAUUGUAUGUAUGAAACUUCGAAUAAAUUUCAGCACUUCCUGUUG